AUGCGUCAGCUUGCAGCCUUUUUGUGUGGCCGGGGCGUGUUGCAGGUUGAAGUGCGGCGCCUUGGGGACGUGCCGGUGGACAGGGGCGGCCUACAGGGGCUUCUUUACAAAUGCAGCAAGCAGCGCAACGAGACGGAUGGCUGCCGCACGCUCCCCGGCUCGCUGGAAGCCGUCUAUGAGAUGGGGGCUUACCUCAUGUCCCUGGACGAGGCUUCCCAGAAGUACCAGAAGAUGAAACAGGGUCCCAUGGGCUUCGUGAGCGCCGGCGGAGCAAAGCUGCCUCCACUUCGGUCGCUCUGCAUACUUGCAGGGCAUCACUCGGCACCGCAAUUCAGGGAGCUGCGGAUGGGAGGCCGAGGAAAGAAGUGGCAGACAUGGCAAGGCGGGUCAAGCGACUCCGCUGGUGGCUGGCAGCAGCGUGGUGCAUCGCACAGCUACCAGGGCACGGGCAGGUGGCACCAGGAGGAGCGACGGCAGCAAGACCACAGCAGGGAGGAUCACAGCCAGAAGUUCCCCUCCUACGAGACCAUGAAGCCCAAGCUCAAGGCCGAGAACACGCAGAAGAACACCGCGGAGACCGAUGGCGAAACAGACCUGCCGGCCGGGGAGUACACCAAGGGCAUCCAGCGGAUGCUGAAUGGCUUCAGGAAGGCCGAGGUCCGAAUGAGAAAGAUCGAGGAGGCCAAAGACGAGACAGACGCCAAGUGGGAGGAGUUCCAGCGCUCCCUCAGAGAGGCCUUCAUCAAGGAGAGAGCGAAGCACCACGAGAAGGUAGCAAGGCUCAACCAGGAAAUGGAGGAGCAGAGCAGACUCAAGGAAGAGGCCCUCCAGGAACUGAAGGCGGCGAUUGCGGAGCCCAAGACGAUCUUCAGGCGCAGGGACGAGCCGGACAACGCCGAUGCGCUCGAGGAGCUUGCGCAGCUCCUGGCCUCACCACCGAGACGGGAGAGUGGGAUCACGGCCCUACUAGAAGAUGCACUCAAGGUGGGCGGCCUGGAGAACAAGGAGCACCGCAACAAGCUCUUGGCGGCCAUCGACAAGCAACGACGGAAGGAGCCACCGACGACCCCGACCAGAAGAUCUUCCACAUACAUUGCGGCCACGCCCCCGUCCAACAUGGCUGCACCAGCCAGGGGCGCGAGGUCGGAUGGCAACGAUGGGAUGGACACCAAGGAGCCCUACAUUGCCUCCCCGUCGCUGACAGGGGUCAUGCCCUCACCCCUACGUUCCAAGUCGCGAUCCACGGCACGGACACCCAUCAAGUGUGUUGGCCGGAGGCCAAUCAAACGACGGGACAAGGAGAGUGCAUGCUCCAAGAAGCUGGAGGAGAAACGGCGUGCAGAGAUGCACAGCAUCUCGGACUCCGAGGAAGACCUGGUGGGAGGAUUGGGCCAGCCACUGCCGGAACUCAAGGAGGAAAACAACGUGGUGGCGCUGGUUGGCGCCGAUGGCAUGCCUGCUGCAACGACAAUGGGCAGUCGGACCUACUACGACCUCAUCGACAUCCAGGAGACGGUCAUGGAAUACCUGGACGACCUCCUCAGCCACUGGGGAGCAGCGCUGUAUCGAGGGGCAUGGGGAUGCAUUGAGACCCUCAUGGCGAUACAGCUCUGUCUCCUCUUCCUCCUGUUGCUUGGCGGGACCUGUCCGGGGGGACGGGUGAUGCGCGGACCGAUGGGGAGGCUCUGCGCCUGCGCUGUGGUCAUUACGACGGCGAAGGCGACGAGCGAGGACCCACCUCGACAACCUCAUCGAAGGCCACAACAGCCGACAGACCUGGAGAUAUGGACCAGCGGGCUACGGACCCUACGGGAACAGUUCGCUGCAGCGGAAGCUAGAGAGGCCUUAACGAGACCUCUGGAGAGGUCCAGAGGAGAGGCCCCACCCCCUGACCUACGCCGACCGAUCUCUGAGCAGGCCGAGGAGGAGCCUGUCAGGGUUGUCCCGUGGAAUGCAGUCCACAUUUCAAUGUGGGCUUCAACACCGUUCUUUGAAGCUGAAGUGGUGGACCUGGAGAUUGGCUUCCCGGUCACCAUCAACCGGCUCAAACGGGCCCUGGCGGAGUCCUUCACCAUUGUCCCGGACUUUGCCGACGAGCUCACACCGACGGUCCCCCAAGUGGAGGGGCACUUCGCAAGCUUCGUUGCUGCCCCCGGAUGGCUGAGUCAGGCGGGGCGCUCCGUCCUGGUGCUGGACACACGCAGCCUGGGAGGAACGGUGUUCACAGUGCACAACGAGGGGAUGGUCAGCAGGGAGAAGGUGCUCAAACACAUUGAGGACUAUGACCUGCCGGAUGUGGACGUCUUUGUCUUCGGCGGGCAGCUCCCCCUACUCACUGGGUUUCCAGUAGAACCGGUCCACGGAGGAUUGAUCAAAGUUCUCCCACGGGGAGAAGUCUGCGAAUGGAGCACAGAGCUGGAUCUCCGGCUGGAAGAUGACGAGCUAUGGGACCCACAUGGAGAAAUUCCUGGGCCCAUAGAAGGCACCUUCAAUGUGUACCAGUCGCCGGGUGAUCAGCUGGUCAUUGAGGACGACCUGGAGGAGCCAAAGAGCUACAUGGACACGGCCCACGAAUGGUUUGACAAUGUCAGGUACCUCAAGUUCCCGGAAGAGCCCCCGGAAAGGCUGGAGAUGGCUGGGAGGCACAUCAGCCAGCAAAUCGCUGUCGUGGAUCAGGACUGGCCGAGAGGGCCAGACUCGCCCUACAUCUUCGUGGACGCCAGAGGACUAGCAUGCUUCCCCCAGUGGGUACGAGUACCGGGGGCCAUCUUUGACCCGGUUCUCUACUACGAAGACCUCCAAGUCCCGGAGGUCAACAAUUGGACUUUGGUCAUAGGUGGAGGGGAAGCUCUUGGUGACAAUCAGGUCAGGGUCAGAGAUGGCGAGAUCAUCCGUAUGCACAUGGUCCCCUCCAGUUCUAUGUCUACGUCAGAGGAGGAGGAGACCGAGAGCAUGAGCGACACGGGUAGCCCUUCAUCUGACCGCGCUGCAGAGGACGAGGACAGCAGCGGCAGUCGGAACAAUGAGCCUGGCCAACGACUGAACGGGCCACCCCCACCACAACCUGUGGACCGUAGCCGAUCGCCCAGGAGGGACACAGAAAGACUACAGAACCGGGAGGUGGCGACCAUCGAGCUUGCCACAGCGGAUCUACGAGAGGUCUGUGACCUGACAGCCUCCAGCAUCAGCUUCCCGCACGACUGGCUCCAGGUCCGCUGGCUCUACCAGACAUGGAGCCCUGAGUGGUUGAAUUGGGAUCUAUCCAAUGUGCAGAUCCCCCGAGCGGCCCGUGAGGCCCUCAAGGAUACAGUGCACUGGUCGGAUCUGCUUACGACCAGAGCUCAUUGUGACCGCCCAGAGGUGCACAUCUAUACUGAUGGGUCCGCGGACGAGAGGCGGGGUACAGCUGGCUACGGCGUGGUACUGCUUCUCAAGUGUGGCGCGAUGGUUGCUCUCCUAGGACUUUUGGGAGAGCAGGUCCUUGGGGGCGGACGGAGCCUAUGGCCAGUUGACGACCCUGUUGCUCUGCGGACGGAGCAGAUCGCGCUGGCGGCGGCGAUGCUUUGGCUGCUCCAGUUCCGAGGCCUGCAUCCGGAGCUCAAAGCCACUGUACACUACGAUUGCCUAGCCGCGGGCCAGGCGGCGACGGGACAGUGGAGUGCGAGUGACGCCUAUGGGGCAAAAAUCAGAGAGCUCGAGCAGAUUAUUCAGGAAUCCUCCAUGUACCCCUUGGCCAUGGCCCAUGUCAAAGCGCAUCAAGGACAUGGGUGGAACGAGCUCGCCGAUGCUGUCGCGAAACAUGCCUCUCAAGGGAGAGGAGGGCUCUAUGGCCCGCCGGCCACCACGGUCACGAGCUUCCACAACCAGGACCUCUCCUGGAUUGCUACAGAGUUGGCGGCACGAAGAACCGGGGCACUGAGCAUUGACCGGUACUCCCUACAAUGGCGCGACUACGAGGCUAACGACUACCAACUUGCCCCACAUCAGCUCAUACGGACGAAUGGCCCAAGGGGUGCUGAGGAUGACCGAAGCAGCUUCGAGGUUGCCAUGGCUACGGUCAAUGUGCAGGGCAUUCAGAACAACUACAAAUUCCUGGAGGAACAGUGCGAUCAACUUGGCCUGAACAUCGUCUUCAUCCAGGAAACGAAGAGUGGAGGAGGACACUGCCGUUCCAGUCUGUAUGCCCGCUAUGCCACGGAGUCCAAUCGACAUUGGGGAGUUGCGGUCUGGAUUCAUAGAGUACGGGGGCUCCUCAAGGUGGACGACAAGCCGAUCAUCCCGGACGAGGCGGAUAUCACCAUCCACCACCAGGACUGCCGACUACUGGCGAUGGCGGUCAAUGUGGGAAGCACCAAAAUGGCCUUGAUUGCGGGACACUGCCCGCACCAAAGCCUGAUAGAGCAGCGGAGGGACUUUCUGCAGCUGCUCGACAAGGUCACAGUGAAGCUCAAGGAUGUACAACUCCUCUUCUGCGGGCUCGACCUUAAUGGACGAGUCCCAGCGGGAUACACCGGAGUUACAGGUGACCUCGAAUGUGGAGAGCCGGAUGAUGCCGGAUGGAAGUUCGUGGAGACGAUGUACAACAUCGGGGCAUGGAUCCCAUCCACCUACGGGGGGAUCCACGAGGGUGCCAACGAGACCUACCACCACCCAACUGGAACAAGCCACAGGCUCGACUACAUUGCCCUCGGUGGAAGGGGCGAUGUCCGGGGAGCUAAUAGUGAGGUCUGCUUUGACUUUGACAACGGCAGCCCCAACGUCGACCACCAUCUCUUACGAGUCCAGUGUCAUGGGCAGUUGGAAGGGGCGACUGGUGCCCGCAGACUGUGGAGGCCUCGGUACGAUAGAGACAAGAUGCACACCCCCGAGGGCAAGAUCACGCUUGAUCGAGCCCUACAACAGUUUGAGCAGCCCAAAUGGGACACCCCUGUUGACGAGCAUUGCCAGAUCCUACAGGAAUUCCUCGUGGGGAUGAUGACUGAGAAGUUCCCUCCUCCGGAAGCUCGCCGACGAGCCAGCUUCAUCCCGGACAAGGUGUGGCAACUACGAGAGAUCAAGAAUCUCUUCAAGCGCCGUGUGCGACACAGGCGCCACCUAUGGCGGGAAGUAGUGGGACGAGCCUUCCUGCAAUGGGCCCAUGACACCUCCUUCGGCGUGGAGUUCCUGACCCACAAGGAGGGCUUCCUCUAUAACCUGGCGGCAGCGGCUAUCACUGUGGCCACCCGAAGGAUGAGGGACAUGAUUGCCAAAGCCAAAAAUGCUAGCCUUCAGCAAGUCGCGGGGGAGGGACACCAGGGUGUCAUACAGGUGCUCCAACGGGUCAAGAAGGCGGGCUUUGGAGGAAAAAGAGCCCAACCAGUACGUCGCCACCUACCGGUGCUGAUGGACCCGGACACAGGUCAGCCUACUACAUGCAGGAGUGACAGAGACAAUGUGUGGCUGAAGUACUUCGGGGACCAGGAGCAAGGCGACAUUGUCACGGUCGACGAAUUCCUACGCCAGGAGGAAAAGAUGUGUGUUGACACCUCCCUCCAUUGGGAGAUAGGCGACCUUCCGACUUUGAGCCUCAUCGAGGAGACGAUGAGGCGAACUCCCAAAGGGAAAGCGUGCGGGCUGGACGGAAUCCCCAGCGACCUACUGGCGGCUGCCCCCGUGGCCCUCGCGGCUGCAGCGCAGCCUCUUUUCGUCAAGUCCAUGCUACGGGGAGCGCAGCCAACUCAGUGGAGAGGUGGGCUGCUCUUUGAAGCUUUCAAGAAUGCUGGAACGCCUGCGGAUGUUGAAGGCUACCGCAGCCUCUUCAUAUCAUCCUUCAUAGGCAAGGCCUACCACAAGGCGGUGCGAACUAUGAUUGGACCGCAGAUUGACGGACUGCUGCACCCGCUGCAUUGCGGGACCCGCAAACGAUCUCCGGUGGCAUUUCCAUCAAUGUUUGUGGUGACGCAGAUGCGACGAUGCCAGAAGCUGGGGUAUAGCUCCUCUGCUUUAUUCGUCGACACCAAGUCGGCAUAUUACAGGGUUGUCAGAGAUCUGGCUACAGGCUGUGUUGAGUCGGACGCCCAGGUGAUCUCCCUGUUCUCCAAAUUCGGCCUGGACGCCGAAGAUCUCCAUGACAUGAUGGAGACAAUACGAAGCGGAGGCAUGUUGGCGCAGGCUGAUGUCAAUGCGAGGCUGCGACAUGUCAUAAAGGACAUGUACAUGAAAACCUGGUUCAUUACCGCUUACUCUGGCGGUGGCAAGCUGUGCCACUCCAGGGCUGGCUCUCGUCCAGGAGAAUCCUUCGCAGACGUCAUCUAUGCUUUCAUCUAUGCCCGAAUCCUGUAUCGGAUACACGAGCAGUUGGAAGCGGAAGGGCUGAACUUCAGCCUGGAAUGGGAGGAGGAAGCUGGAAUCUUCCCCUCAGCCGGGGGAGGCACCCCCCAACAAGCCUGGGACGCAACCUGGGCAGACGAUUCCGCCUUUGUCAUGGAGGACCGAAGCCCGCAUGGGCUGCUGGCCAAGACGUCUAGAACGACUUCGAUCGUCCUGGGCACCCUCCUCGCCCAUGGCAUGCAGCCGAACACCAAGGUUGGAAAAACGAGCCUCAUGUUACAGCUGAGGGGUCCAGGGUCAACUACGGCAAGGAGACAAUACUUUGGCAACGGCAAGGCCAGUCUGCGACUACAUGAUCUCGGCAUGGAUGUGCCGACUGUCUGCCAAUAUCGUCAUCUGGGAAGUAUCCUGGACAACCGCCUCACGCUGCAACCGGAAGCCCGCUACAGGCUGGCACUUGCUGCGCAGGCAUAUGAAUCGGCCAAACCGCUCCUGCUGAACAACCGGUCCCUCGAGCUUGCCACGAGGGCGGGUCUCUUUGAAAUCACCGUCGCCACGACCUUCUUCAACCUGGUCAUUUGGCACACGGCAGGGAAAGCAUGGGACACCAUGAGGAACGGCCACGCCAGACUUGUGCGGAGGCUGCUCGCCCACCAGAUCGAGGGCAGCCUUCUCUUCCACCUCCCGCUGCCGCUGGUCAUGUGGAUGACGGGCUGUAUCCCCCUGGAACUCUUGGCUUUCAGACAGCGGAUGAGCUUCCUGGUGUCCAUGGUGGCCUCCGGACCGGGACUCCUCUGGGCGGCUCUGCAAGAGGAGAAGGACUGGAUGUGCAGAGUUCGAGACGACCUUGCUUGGGCCAUACAGGGAUGCGAGCGACAGUGGCCAAGAUUGCAUGAUGCUUCCUGGCCAGAAUGGUGGCACAUCCUGAAGCAGUCACCGGCGAGAAUCAAGCGGCUGGUGAAGACGAAGACUGCGGCGGAGCAGGAGAGACGAGUAAUGGCCGAGGCGAUCGACAUUUGCCUCUGGGCCAUGAGCAAGGACUUGGAGGCCCUCCGCCCGAAGGCAGCUGACCUGCCGCAGGAGCGGUGGGGUUGCCGAGCCUGCCGCAAAUGCUUCGGCACCAAAGCGCAGCUGAGUGUCCAUCUCUUCAAGCGGCACAAGCGAGUGGCCACCUACAGGUUCUACGCGGUCGGCACACGCUGCCGCGCCUGUGGAGUUGAAUGCUGGUCGGAGGGACGACUUGGGGUACAUCUCCGUUCCUCUACGACUUGCGUGAGGUCCCUACAGGCGGCGGGUCACAGAGUUGACCAUGUGGGGCACGGCAUUGGAAGCAAGGGCCGCCGCAAGGCUGAUGUAGACCAGUACACCUUGGCAGCCCCGAUGCGUAUGAGCGGAGACCUGCUCCCAGAAGGAGAAGAGUUCUGGCACGAUGUUGUCAAGACGGCCUACAGGAAGAUCUGCGAGUACUUCCAUGCGGUGGACCUGGGCAGGGAGCCCAAUGAAGUCAGUGCGGAACUCCUGAAGAUCCUCACGGACUACCCCCUCUACGCCGACGAGGAAGAGGACAUCUUGAUGACGGUCUCGCGCGAGAUCCAGGAGCUCCAGAAGGACGAGGACACGAGGGAAUGGUCGACGCUACAGGCCGAGACAGCUCUUACUGCCCUCAACCAAUGCCAGACCAGUAUCCGAGACACUGACUGGCUACCACCAUCGAGCUCCAGUACUACACUACAGGACUUCAAGCGAUGUGUUUCAGAAGUCCGUUGGAUGGAGCUAAUGGCCUUCACCCUGAGCAACGGGACCCGGUCGAAGACUCACCAUGAACUGCCUCCACGCUGGGAAGCCGAAUGGCGUGAGGAGCUGAGAGUCGUAGACCUUUCGGCCGUGGCCAGGAAUGCCACAUGCCUCCUACCCAGGAUCUUGAAAGAUGCCUGGAGUACAGUUGUAGCAGGCGGGCAAGUACAGCUGAAGGCCCCGCAGUCUUUCUGGGACUGCGAGCUCUCGAGGCCUUUUACGGCCGCGAUGGGAGCGUUUGCAUCUUAA